AUGGAGGAGUUCGAAAUCACCGUCGGGGGACUAUUCACUACCUUGUUUGCCUUCUUAUUCACGACGGUCCCUCUUCUCAUUUACUUCUUCGAGACGCGGACUCCCCAGACCCCCGCACCAAAUACAGAGAUUCCACUGCCGCCACCCACCAAGAUAACGGGACUGUACACCUAUCCCAUCAAAUCAUGUCGUGGAAUCCGCCUUGAGAAGUCCAAGAUGCUGAAGACCGGCCUGGAGCUCGACCGUCAAUGGAUGUUCGUGGACGCAGCGACCAAGAAAUUCCUUACCAUCCGGGAAAUGGCAAAAAUGACGCUCAUCACCCCCGUCUACGACGCGAAGUCGGAUGAGCUGGUGGUCACCGUCCGUCCGUCGAAAGUUCUCCCGAACCCACCCGAUGUCACGAUCCGCAUCGCCGCCCACCCGUCGGAGAAAUGGCUGAAGCAGAACACCGAACUGGUCCCCACCAUCAUCUGGAAAACCACCACGGACGGCUGGGCGUAUCCCGCUAGCAUGACCGCGCCCCUCACCGAGUUGUUCGGUCGCGAGGUCCUCCUAGUGAGAAAAGGCCCCGAGAAGCGCGUGCUCCGAGGGAACGGUAACCCGGAGAUCAUCGGGCGGGAAGAGUACAUCGCGUACCCGGAUAUCAUGCCGGUGAUGGUCACGUCGGAAGCGAGCUUGAAAGAUCUGAACGCGCGGCUGGAAGAGGAGGGAGAGGAUCUGACGUUGGUGAUGGAGCGGUUCCGGCCGAAUAUCAUCGUCGAAGGCGGCGACGCGUGGAGCGAGGAUAUCUGGAGCGAGGUCCGGAUUACCGGCGCGGAAAAGAGCGAGAGCAAGGAUACGCUCGAUAUGCAAGUCAUCUCUCGUUGCUUGAGGUGCAGAGUGCCGAACGUGGAUCCGGAUACGGCCGAGGAGCAUCCCAAGCAGCCGUGGGACUUGAUGAUGGAGUUCCGACGGAUCGAUCAUGGAUUCACUUUCAAGCCUGCGUUUGGGAUGCAUUGUAUCCCGAGAAAGGAGCCGACGGAGAUCAGCGUUGGGAUGACGUUCAACGUCACGGCGGUGACGACGCAGCAUAGGUACAUUUCAGGGAUGAAGUGA